CUUCCUGUCUCUGAAUGGACCUGGCUGCGUGUGGAUCAGGACCUAGGCGGGUCGGACUUUUCACUCAGAGUCUGUUCAUGUGAAAAACUGGAUGAAACUUUUCUCUUUGGUGUUAAAACGCGCAGCAGCUGCACGACGUGUUCAGGGACCCGUCCUGGUGUCGGAUCUUUCAGAACUGUAGUUUGAUGAAACGUCACUCAGCGCCGUUUGGUUGCUGACAGCAGAAGGAAGACGGCUUCAGCUCUGAGAGGAGGCACAGUCGGACAUGGAGUCCAGUAAGGCCGGAGGUGUUAUCACCUACAUCAACUCAUCGAGCUCCGCCUCCAGCCCGGAGUCCUACCACAGCGACUCCUCCAACAGCAGCUACCAGUCGUCCUCGCCUCUGAGAGGCUCCUCCCCCAGCUGCAGCCAGCCCAAGCACACGCUCCCCGCCAGUGGCCACAGCCUGCCAGGAACUCCAAAAACUGGAUGCUCCUCCGCCACAGGAAAAUGUGGCAUCACAAAAAUCAAUGGUCUGGUGCUGCUGUGCAAGGUCUGUGGUGAUGUGGCCUCUGGUUUCCACUACGGAGUCCACGCGUGUGAGGGCUGCAAGGGCUUCUUCAGGAGGAGCAUCCAGCAGAACAUCCAGUAUAAAAAGUGCCUGAAGAACGAGAGCUGCCCCAUCAUGAGGAGCAACAGGAACCGGUGCCAACAGUGCCGCUUUAAGAAAUGCCUGAUGGUGGGAAUGUCCAGAGACUCUGUGCGUUUUGGUCGGAUCCCUAAGAGGGAGAAACAGCGCAUGCUGCUGGAGAUGCAGAGUGCCAUGAACAACAUGAUGAACAACAACCAGCUGCAGGAUCAGCUGCAUGGAGACCAGGUGCUGUCCAUCGCCAYGGGGCCGCCAACCAGUCCUGCUGGACCUACCUCAGGGGACACCAGCCCCACCCCUUCAUCUUCAACACACUCCAAUGCAGACCCCGAGCCCGCCGUGUCCAUGGACACCAGCUCUGCCUCUCCCAGCGUGUCGGACAGCAGCGAGGAAGAGGUGAUUGGCUCUGUGACCAGGGCCCACCAGGAGACCUUCAUGUACAACCAGGAGCAGAGCAGGUCUCUGGCUGAGACCUUACCGAGUGACAAGUUUACAAAAACCAGCACCGACCUGGAGGAGCGGGAUGCCAGGAACCACCAGAACAACUCUGUGACCAUAGCAGGCCAAACCCUGCCUUCCAACCUGAGCCAUGCUCAAGAGAACAAGGGCAACAGUCAGUGUCCAUUCAGACUGUCCCAGAGCACCGCCACCAGCCACAGUCAAACACACAUCCAUGGUGCUGUCAAAGCCCCGCCCACAGGUGCCAACCCAGCCUAUGAAAAACCUGUUUGGAGAGGAGGGAACAGGAUGUAUCUGGUUUGUCCAAUGAACACGUCUCCUCACGUGGACCUUCAUAAAUCUGGACACGAGGUGUGGGAGGAGUUCUCCCACAGUUUCACCCCUGCUGUCAGGGAGGUGGUGGAAUUUGCCAAGAAGAUCCCGGGUUUCAGAGACCUGUCACAGCAUGACCAGGUCAGCCUGCUGAAGGCUGGCACCUUCGAGGUGCUGGUGGUUCGCUUUGCUUCAUUGUUCGACACGAAGGAGCGCACCGUCACUUUCCUGGGCGGGAACAAGUACAGCGUGGAUGCUCUGAGGGCCAUGGGCUCCGGGGACCUCCUCAGUUCUAUGUUGGACUUCAGUGAGAAGCUGAUGAAUCUGGGCCUGAGUGAAGAGGAGAUGAGCCUCUUCACCGCUGUAGUCCUGGUUUCUGCUGACCGCUCUGGAAUCGAGAACGUGAACUCGGUGGAGGCCCUUCAGGAGACUCUGAUCCGCGCCCUGCGGAGCCUCAUCACCAGGAACCACCCGAACGAGUCGGCCGUCUUCACCAAACUGCUGCUCAAGCUGCCCGACCUGCGCUCGCUCAACAACAUGCACUCUGAGCAGCUGCUGGCCUUUAAAGUCCAUUCCUGAUCUGCAGGCCCGCCUCACACUUUAAGGCCUGGAGGAGGAUCUCGUACUGUAGAGUGUGACACACACUCCUCCAUGCGUGUUGUGUUUGUGUGUAGCAGCUGUACAAGCAGCCUGUCAGAACUCUGGAUGAUGGRAAAACGGAGGACAGGUGCCAUGAUUCUCCUGGACUCACAGAGGAAUAAGAAUGUAGUUUUUUUCUGAAUGAGGUCUUACUGGACCCCUCCUGUGCAGUGUUUGUGACCAUGUCCUGCUGUCUGACUGACUGUGUGACAGGUCCAAUGUAUGAUUGUCCUCCUGUCUCACUGGGAGAUGAACUGAAGUUCUGGACCAGGAUGAACCUCAUCAGAGCCCCUGAGGUCCAGGAGCCAGCUGUAUAAAGGGUUCACACAUUCAGAUGAGGUGUUUGAUCCCAGCUGCAGCAGCACCCUUACUUCAUGACUGAUGUCUCCAGUUACUGGUCCAAUGGUGGCCCUACAGGGCAUACUGGGAAAUUAAUAAUGGUCCAGAUA